AUGGGGGGAGGUUUCUGCAGCCAGAGUCUCCAUGGCCUUGGGGGGAAGAAGACGAUCUCUAUCAGUGUGGCUGGAGGUGGCACCUGGGCUGGUGGGUUCAGCGGGGCUGGUGGGUUCGGGGGGCCUGGUGGGGGAUGUUUUGGAGGCAGUGGUUUUGGAGGUGGUGGAAGAGGGAUGGGUGGAAGCUUUGGUGGAAGAGCUGGGGGCUUUGGUGGAGGAAUUGGAGGCUUCAGAGGAGGAGCCAGGGGUUUCUGCAGAGGAGCUGGUGGCUUCGGUGGUUCUGGAAGCUUUGGUGGUCCUGGUGGCUUUGGUGGCCUCCGUGACCUCAGUGAUCUGGGUGGCUUCCUGGGUGGAAUCCAGGAAGUGACUGUCAACCAGAGCCUUCUGCAGUCCCUCCAGGAGACUGACCUUAAGUUUGGGCAAGUAAAGGCCCAGAAGCGGGAGCAGAUCAAGACCCUCAACAAUUUUGCCUCCUUCAUCGACAGGUAUGAAGAUGAGGUCAGCAAGUGCACAGCUGCAGAGAAUGACUCUGUGGUCCUGAAGAAGGAUGUCGAUGCUGCCCACAUGACAAAAGUGGAGCUGGAGGUCAACGUGGAGAGGAUGAUAGGCGAGAUGAACUUCCUGAAAGCCCUCUACGAUGCUGAACUGUCCCAGAUGCAGUCAGACACCAGCAACACGUCUGUGGUUCUUUCCAUGGACAACAACCGCUGCCUGUACCUGGACUGUAUCAUUGCCAAGGUCUGCACCCAGUAUGAGGAGAUUGCCCAGAGGAGCUAGGCCAAGGCCGAGGCCCUGUACCAGACCAAGUUGGGGGAGCAGCAGACCACGGCCAGCAGGCAUGGGGAUGACCUGAGGAACACCAAGAAUGAGAUCAUGGAGCUCAACAGGAUGACCCAGAGGCUGUGGGUGGAGAUCGAGAGCAUCAAGAAGCAGAACGCCGAGCUGCAGACGACCAUCGCUGAUGCAGAGCAGCGCUAGGAGGUGGCCCUCAAGGACACCAAUGCCAAGCUUCAGGACAUCAAGUCUGGACUGCGGCAGGCCAAAGAGGACCUGGCCCCGCUGCUUUGUGCGUACCAGGCGCCGAUGAAUGCCAAGCUGGCCCUGGACGUGGAGAUCGCCACCUACCGGACCCUCCUGGAGGGCGAGGAAUGCAGGGUGUCUGGGAGGUGCCAGAGUUCCGUGAGCCUCGCCUGUCCUCCCCACUCCUUGCCGGAUCUCGGCGGGGCGUCACCCCCGGGAAGACCUGCGGCUCGGGACUGUGGGAGGGGCUGGCGUGCCGGGCGGACACUGCCAGGCUCCCUGACCCCGACCCUCUUUGCAGAGACCGGCCACAGCAGCACUGGCGGCGGCUGCGCCCUGGGAGGAGGAGUCGGAGCCCGGGCCCGCGGCGGUAGCCGGGGCCGCAGCGGCUGGGUCUUGGGCGGGAGCUCCGCGGUGCUCGGGGGGCUUCUGUGGCUCCGGGACUCCUGCGCCGUCAGCCGGGGUGGCGGCGGCGGCAGCAGCAGCGCGGCCAGAGUCUCACAAAGCUCCUCCUAG